GUCUGCCUCUUCUGAUGCAUUUAGAAGCAGCAGCUAAAAUGGUUAGCGAACAGGUAGUAUCUGCGGCUCUCCUUGAGUUAGUAGAGAUCAUGCUAUAUAUUCAUGUGCACUUAUGAUCGCUUUCCAGAAAUAAAUCAACAUGUUUAAAAAGGCAAAGAGGUGUAACUUGAGGAGGAGGAAUGAAUCUGAUGACGACGAGAAAGAAGACGUUCAACAGCAGCAGCAACAGCAACUGCAGCAACCGCUGCCGCAGCCUAUGGAAGUGCAGCCAUGCGGGCCUGUGGUAGAAGAUGGCAUCGACCGGGAGGCUAAAUGUAACACUGCACAGACAUUUAACGUCACAAGUGCCGUUUUGGACAUACAAAAUGGAAAUGGAUUUCAAACGGCCACUUAUAAGACACUUAAAGAGAAAAAGCGGCCCAAGGAUAACCGAGAAGCUCCGAAAGCAAGUUUGUUGAGCUUUCACGAUGAUGAAGGUGAUACAGAGGAAUUUCGAGUGAAGAAAUCCAACCACAGUAAGAAGAUUGUGAAGCAGCUGAAGAAGGAAUACAAGGAGGACUUGCAGAAGAGCACUACUGUUGCACCUGAGCCUGUUACAAACACUGAUGCUGCCUCCACACAGAUUCCCCUUCUCACGCCUAAAGAGGAGCCAGGUGUGGAUAGUAGUCGUGCGAGCAGUGAGCAAGGAGAGGAGGAGAUGGAGGUGGACAGCAACGAUGAGCAGGAGGACGAGGCUGACCAGAAGGCCGGCGGCGGAGGAGCUUCAUUCCAGACCCUGUCUACACUCAGCACACUGAGACCAGGUGAGAUCCCGGACGCAGCCUUCAUCCACGCAGCGCGGAAACGCCGUCAAAUGGCACGGGAGCUGGGCGGAGACACACCUCUGGUGGAGACGGAGGCGGCAAAGAAGCGCUUGGUGCGUGAGGACGAGCAGGGCGGCAGCGAUGAAGACGAGGACGAGAAGAGGAUCGUUUUCAGCGGCGUCAAGCAGAAGACCCAGCGGCAGAAGAUAGCAGAGGAGAUCGGUAUUGAAGGCAGUGAUGACGAAGCCUUGGACACAACUGGCAAUGAUGAGGAAGUGAACCGCUGGGAACAGGAGCAGAUCAGGAAGGGCAUCAGCAUCCCACAGGUCCAAGCUAGCCAACCUGAAGAUACAAACGUGUACUACCAAAGCACCUUUGAGGCCCAGCCUUAUGGGUCGUCCUACAACAUGCCUUACACAUACACACCUCAAGGCAUAGACAAGGCUCCAAAAGCCAAGGACUCUGUAAACUACCCUCUCCCCAGUAGCGAACUAAGCCCAAUCACCACAGAUCUGGUAAAGAAACGCCUUAAAGACAGGCUCAGCGCCUUGCGCCAGGGGCACAAUGCCAACACUCGGCGCUUUGAGCAGAUCCAACAGGAGCUGUGCGCUUCCAACAGCGCCAUCGACAGGCUCGAGGGUAGCUCCGAAGACAUAGCUGACCAGUAUAAAUUCUUGCAAGAAAUGCGAGGGUAUGUUCGAGACUUGCUUGAGUGUUUCAGCGAAAAGGUGCCGGCCAUUCUGGAGCUGGAGGCAGCCAUGCACCAGUUACUAAGACAGCGGGCGGCGCGGCUCGUCCAGAGAAGACAGGAUGAUAUUAAAGAUGAAUCAUCGGAGUUUUCAAGCCUUUCAAGUAAGGCUGUGAUGGCACCCAAUCUUGACUCGUUUGGCCGAGACCGCACGGCCUAUCAAGAGCAUGCCAAACAGAGGCGCAUUGCAGAGCGGGAAGCUAGACGGACGCGGCGUCGACAAGCCAGAGAGCAGAAUGGGAAGAGGGCGGAACACAAGGAAGGCCUGUCCAGUGACGAUGAGGAGACCUCCACUGACAUCACCAGUUUCAACCUGGAGAAAGAUCACAUUCGGACAGAGUCGAAGAAGAUCUUUGAGGACGUUGUGGACGAUUUCCACUCUCUGGACAGCAUAAAGUCCCACUUCGAGGUGUGGAGGAAGCUCUACUUCAUCUGCUACCGGGACGCGUACAUCGGCCUGUGCCUGCCAAAGCUCUUCAACCCUCUUGUCCGGCUGCAGCUCAUCCACUGGUCUCCUCUAGAGGCGGAGUGCCCUAACUUUGAGUACAUGCUGUGGUUUGAGUCGCUGUUGUUUUACGGCUGUGAGGACCCUACUGCCUUACAGACAGGAGACAGCGACUCUAGUCUCCUACCCUCCAUAGUGGAGAGAGUCAUCCUACCCAAGCUGGCCGUUCUUGCGGAUCAGGUGUGGGAUCCCCUCUCGACCAGCCAGACGUCAAGGAUGGUGGCCUUUAUGCACAAACUCAUUAAGGGCUACCCCACAAUCCUGAAUGGGGACAACAGAAACACACAGGAAUUAUUGAAGACCAUCGUGAUGCGGACGAGGCGAACUCUGGACGACGAUAUCUUCAUGCCCCUCUUCCCUAAGAACGUUCUGGAGAAUAAGAAUUCUGGACCAUACCUGUUUUUCCAGAGACAGUUUUGGACGAGUGUGAAGUUGCUCAGCAACAUCCUGCAGUGGCACGGCAUCCUGUCCAACUCCAUGCUGAAAGAGCUGGCUGUGGACAGCACCCUAAACCGCUACAUCCUGUCCGCCCUACAGAACACUGAGUCUGGGGAGGACAGCAUCGAGAAGAGCCAGAGAGUGGUGGAGUGCUUUCCCCAGCAGUGGUUCAGCGUGCUGAAGACCCAGCAGCAACAGCAGACCCUGCCCCAGCUGGAGAACUUCUGCCGCUAUCUCAAGCACCUGGCCAACACACUGUACCGCAUAGGGCUGGGCGGCUCCGACCUGGAGCGCAGGAACAGCAGGGAACACAUCAAGGAGGUGAUGAAACUCUUAUGUCGUCUCAAUGCUGUCGACCAUUUGACUGCUAUGGCCACAGAUUAUGGGAUUAAAGACAUCAAGCCCCUGAUGGAGGCCAAGUGAAGAAGAAGGAAAAGAAGACUGGCGCACCUUGCUAGCUUUAUACCAGUUUUAAUCAUGGACUUUUGUUUUGAGAGGACCUGAUUAUUGGACUACUUGAAACUCCCUGGAUUGCUCUCUUCUGGUCAAGUUGCUAGUCACAUACAUUGUUUCAACACAUCUAGCACCUGACCUCAAACCGUAGUGUGGUGAAAUUGCACCCUCUUUUCCAGCUACGUGAACAUGGUUACUAUUGAGAUGUUUUUUUUUUUUUUUUUUUUAAACUUGUUUGACUUUAGAGUGACUGAUUACUGCAGCCUCUCUCCUUGUCACAAAUGCACUUGGUUCACCUCCAGAGUUGAAACUUGUGCCAAAAUACUUCUCCAUCCGCUCAAGAUGUGUCAGUAGCUCAGAUGCUACCUAUAUUUUAAUUUUCCUGAACGAUUUUCACAGACUAAAUAAAGACUACGGCUAUGCUAUA